AUGCAAACAAGUAGCCCAACGGAGUCUGUGGCUUCUGAGCUCGAAGGAACACUUCUCAAGGACCCCGACCCUUUCUCCUACUUCAUGUUGGUGGCAUUUGAGGCGUCGGGUUUGAUCCGGUUUGCCUUGUUGUUGAUGGUGUGGCCGAUUAUUCGGUUUCUUGAGAUGAUUGGUAUGGAGGAAGCUGGGCUUAAGCUUAUGAUUUUUGUUGCUGUUUUUGGUAUUCCUGAAUCGGAGAUUGAAUCGGUGGCCAGAGCAGUUUUGCCAAAGUUUUACAUGGAUGAUUUGGAUAUGGAGGCUUGGAAAGUGUUUAGCUUAUAUGAUCGGAGGGUUGUGGUGACUAGAAUGCCAAGGGUUAUGGCGGAGAGGUUUGUGAAGGAGCACUUGAGAGCUGAUGAAGUUAUUGGUAGUGAGCUUGUUGUGAGCCGAUUUGGGUUUGCCACGGGCUUUGUUAAAAGUCAAGUUUGUUCCAAGAAUAUAUACGACCGGGUGGCAAAGGUGUUCAUAGAUGAGGAGCCGACGUUAGGGUUGGGAAGGCCUUCAUCAUCAAGUUCUUCAUUUCUAACACUAUGCAAGGAACAAAUGCACCCACCAUUUACCCUGACCAACCAAAAGCAUGAGCAGCAAGUCCUCAGACCACUUCCGGUGAUCUUCCACGACGGCCGAUUAGUCAAGCGCCCGACGCCCUCAACGGCCCUUCUAAUCCUACUAUGGAUGCCCCUAGGCAUCUUACUCGCCUUCAUUCGGAUAGUCUUGGGUUUGAUAUUGCCAAUGACUUUUAUUCCCUACAUAUCCCAACUAUUUGGCGGCAAAAUAAUUGUGAAAGGGAAACCCCCACCGCCAUUCUCCGGUGGCAACUCUGGCGUGCUCUUCGUCUGCACUCAUCGAACACUAAUGGACCCCGUUAUCCUCUCAAGCGUACUCAAUCGUAAAAUUCCAGCAGUCACAUACUCAAUCUCUCGAAUAUCGGAGAUGUUAGCACCAAUCCCCACCGUUCGGUUAACCCGAGUUCGACACAUGGAUGCCGAAAGAAUCAAGCUUGAACUAUCCAAAGGGGACUUGGUGGUUUGUCCUGAAGGAACAACAUGUCGUGAACCUUUUCUCUUGAGGUUCAGUGCACUCUUUGCUGAGCUUACGAACCGAAUUGUUCCUGUGGCCAUGAACUACAGGGUAGGGUUUUUCCACGCAACCACGGCGAAGGGUUGGAAAGCUUUGGAUCCCGUAUUCUUCUUCAUGAACCCUAGGCCUGUUUAUGAAGUUACGUUCUUGAACCAGUUGCCUAUGGAAGCCACGUGUUCUUCCGGAAAAAGCCCUCAUGAAGUUGCAAAUUACGUGCAGAGGAUUUUGGCCUCCACAUUAGGGUUUGAGUGCACUAACUUCACUAGGAAGGACAAGUACAAAGUGCUUGCUGGGAAUGAUGGAACCGUUCCGUAUAUUUCAUUCGUUGAUCAACUUAAGAACAUGGUGAGCAUCUUUAACCCUAAGACCACGAAAGAAUAA